CCAAUGAGUGACAUGGAAAGGGCCGAUAAUGCUACGUCUGUGGUGAAAGUAGAGGAAAAGAAAAUGAUGGUAACGUGCAAGUCUAAGACGUUUUCAGCGUUUGAUAAGGUUUACGGGCCUUCAACAACGCAAGAACGGAUUUACGCGGAAAUGGUUUCGCCCCAAGUGGAUCGUGUUCUAGCUGGGUAUAACUGCACGUUAUUUGCUUAUGGCCAAACUGGAACAGGAAAAACGUACACAAUGGAGGGUGGAAGAGGCGAACGCUCUUCUUAUAAGGACGAUCCGACUACUGGCAUAAUCCCGCGAGCUGUGGAGCAUAUAUUUGAGGAGCUCGAGAAAUCACACGUCUGCGAUACCCUUUCCAUACACCCAAUACAGCGUCCGAAUCAGUUAUCUGGAAUUAAUUUUCGACGACCCGUCAAAAAAGGUAUUCCAAUUAAUUGUUGUGAGCUCCCAGUAAAAAAUCGUUCCGAGGUUUACGCCCUUUUGAAGAGAGGAGCCGAGAAACGAACAACAGCUGCAACACUCAUGAACAUGAAUUCCAGUCGAUCCCACUCGAUAUUCAUUGUCAGCGUUGUAAUUCGGGAGAACACCCCAAAUGGCGAAGAACUAGUGAAACAGGGUAAACUGAACUUAGUCGACCUUGCCGGCUCUGAGCACAUCGGACGAUCUGGCGCGGAAGGCAAACGAGCCAAGGAAGCAGGAAAUAUAAAUCAAUCGUUGCUCACAUUGGGUCGUGUUAUCACGGCUCUUACUACAUCGGCUCCCCAUGUUCCCUAUAGAGAGUCGAAACUUACUCGUCUUCUGCAAGACAGUUUGGGAGGUUCAACAAUAACAUCGAUCAUAGCUACCCUUUCACCGGCAUCAUCUAACUACGAGGAAAGCAUAUCGACAUUGGAGUACGCAGCAAGGGCGAAAUCUAUCAGAAAUCACCCAGAGUGCAAUCAAAAGUUAUCGAGAAAGGCUCUUCUCAAGGAGUACAACGAGGAGAUCGAAAAGCUUCGUAGAGAUCUCCGUACAGCACGGGAGAAGAAUGGAAUAUUCCUUAGUCAAGAGAGUUACAUUGCAGAGAAGACCGAGCAAUUGCAGGAGUUGGAGGGCCAAUUGGAUGCCGCCAUAGGGAAACUGCAGAAGUUCAUUGAAGACCAGGAAAUGAUGGAUGAGCAAUAUCGUGAGCUGUAUCACCGAAAUAAAAGGCUUGAGGCCAAAUUACGACAACGUGUUGAGGAACUGGACGACACGAAGAAGGUUUGCCAUAAAAAGCCCACAAUUUUCCAGGCACGAAUUACGGUCUUUGAUCAGCAGCUUGAUCUGGAAGAUUGGUGGGCGAAGGAGGAAAAUUUGUCGCAGCUGAUUGCUCAAAACAAGCAAGUUGUCGUAGCAGCGCGUUCCAAGGUACAGACUUGGCUUUUGUUUUUCGAUUUCUCAAUGAUCACCACAGUGUUUUAG